AUGGCAAUUCAUAUCUCUUUGCGUUUGUUUUUCCUCUGUGUCACAUUUCCAUAUGUUGUGCAAAUUUUGGCGGAAUCAGACACUUAUAUUGUCCAUAUGGACUUAUCAUCAAUGCCCAAAGCCUUUUCUAGCCACCAUAACUGGUACUUGGCCACUCUUGCCUCCAUAUCAAAUAGUAUUGAAACCAGUACAGAGUUCGUGUCGUCUUCUAAACUUGUCUAUGCUUAUACUAAUGUUAUGAAUGGUUUUAGUGCAACUCUCUCACCUUCUGAGCUUGAAUCUUUGAGAAAUUCCCCGGGUUAUGUUUCUUCAGUUAAGGAUACCAGUGUCAAAGUUGACACCACUCAUUCGUACCAAUUUCUCGGCCUGAAUUCUAACCAAGGGGCAUGGCCAGAUUCAGACUAUGGAAAAGAUGUCAUAAUUGGGGUGGUGGAUACCGGAGUUUGGCCCGAGAGUAAAAGCUAUAGAGACGAUGGAAUGACUGAAAUUCCAUCGAGAUGGAAAGGGGAAUGUGAAAGUGGCACUCAGUUUAAUUCCUCCAUGUGCAACAAAAAGCUUAUUGGAGCAAGAUACUUCAAUAAAGGCCUACUUGCAAAAUACCCCAACUUGACCAUCGCCAUGAAUUCUGCGCGAGAUACUGACGGGCAUGGGACUCACACUUCAUCAACAGCUGCUGGGAAUUUUGUUGAGGCCGCAUCAUUCUUUGGCUAUGCCUCAGGGACUUCACGAGGCAUGGCUCCUAAUGGUCGAAUUGCCAUGUACAAGGCCUUGUGGGACGAAGGUGUUUAUUCAUCUGACAUUCUGGCUGCAAUUGAUCAGGCAAUCAUGGAUGGGGUGGAUGUAUUAUCCUUAUCAUUGGGAAUAGAUGGCCUUCCUCUAUAUGCAGAUCCCAUUGCCAUAGCUACGUUUGCAGCCAUGGAAAAGGGAAUAUUUGUUUCCACCUCAUCAGGAAAUGAGGGUCCAUACAUUGGAACUCUGCACAAUGGAACACCUUGGGUCCUCAAUGUUGCUGCUGGAACAGUUGAUCGCAAAUUCGGGGCCAAUUUGACACUUGGAAAUGGAAUCUCUGUUGGGGGUUUGUCUCUCUACCCAGGAAACUUUUCUUCAUCUGAUGCAUUCCCAAUUGCAUUCGUGGAUUGCGAAAAUGAGAAGGAAUUGAAGAAAAUUGGGAACAAGACUGUUGUGUGUCUCGACACUAAUGAUAAGCUGAAUGAACAAUUUUACACUGUGGGUAAUGCAAAAGUCAUUGGUGGGUUCUUCAUAACAAACAACACUGAUUUAGAGUUCUUAACCGAAAGCAGAUUUCCAUCAGCUUUUUUCAAUCUUGUCGAAGGUCAAAAAAUUUUGGACUACAUCAAGAGCGAGUCUGAUCCCAAAGCAAGCGUUCAGUUUAAACAGACUCUACUGGGGAUUAAAUCAGCUCCAAAAGUGACAAGCUAUAGCUCAAGAGGACCAUCACCAAGCUGUCCAUUUGUCUUGAAGCCUGAUAUCAUGGCUCCGGGUGCUCAAAUUUUGGCUUCAUGGCCUCAGAAAUCUCCGGUCGCAGAUUUGCGUUCAGUCCAACUCUUCAAUAUGUUCAAUAUUAUAUCUGGAACAUCAAUGGCAUGCCCACAUGCCGCUGGAGUGGCGGCCCUACUGAAAGGAGUGAACCCCGAUUGGAGUCCUGCAGCCAUUCGAUCAGCAAUGAUGACCACUGCUGAUGUAUUUGACAACACGAAAAAUCCAAUCCAAGACAUUGGAUACAAUAAUCAACCUGCCACUCCUCUUGCUAUGGGAGCUGGCCAUAUCAAUCCUAACAAAGCAUUGGACCCGGGACUUGUAUAUGAUGCAAAUGUAGAAGACUAUAUUAAUCUUCUUUGUGCAUUAAAUCUCACCUCAAAACAGAUACAAACCAUCACAAGGUCACCUUCUUAUAAUUGCUCUAAUCCAUCACUCGACCUGAAUUAUCCAUCUUUCAUUGCCUACUUCAACAUAAACGACACCAACUCCAAUGCUGAGACAGUACAAUACUUUCAAAGAACAGUUACUAACAUUGGAGAUGGAACAUCAACCUACGUAGCAAAAUUGACACCAUUGGAUGGAUUAAAAGUUAGCGUGGAGCCUGAAAAAUUGGUGUUCAGCAAGAAGUACGAGAAACAAAGCUACAAGCUCACAAUACAAGGUCCAAGACUCUUGCAGGAUACAUUGAUUUACGGGUCAUUGACUUGGGUUCAGACCGAUGGCAAGCAUUCAGUUGGAAGUCCAAUUGUCGCCGCAAGUUUGUCCACUGAAAUGAUUUCGGAGAAAAAUAGUUAA